ACUAAGACUGGCUGUCUACAUCUGUCGACUGUUGCUUUAGGAUCGAUAACUAGUUCAGCCACGAAUUCUGCAAGUCUAACUGUAUCACUAGGUUUCCGUAGCAUUGCUGAAUGCACCAACAAUGGCUGUGUGAAACUUCACUAAAAAAUUAUAAUUAAGAAUCAUUUGUCAGAAAGUAUGAGUUCCUCACGUAAAACAAGCUAUAAUAAAAAGAUUCAUAUUGAUGAAUCUGAUCUUUUGUGUAAGAAUGGUUGUGGUUUCUAUGGAAACCCUGCAUGGCAAGGGUUCUGUUCUAAAUGCUACAAGGAAGUCUACCAGAAAGCAAAGCAGGCACAGGCCCAGCAUGAUACGAUGAAACCACCCAAAGCUGAAAAGUCUAAAGGAUCAGAGUUUGGUGGGUUUAAUGUUAUACCGUCAUCUUUUACAAAAUUUGAAGAGAAGAAAACACAACAUGCAAACAAAAGGUCACAUACAGUGAAAUCAAUAUUUCGAAAGACACCAUCAAAAGAAUCCCAAAAAGUUCCACAACAGAGCAAAUCAGGCUCUCAUGAGAUAAAAAGAGUUUGUCUUGAGUCCCAACAAGUAGGAACAGAGUUUGCAGACUUUUUGAAGAGAAUUCAAAAGAAUGCUGCACUAGAUGUGACGAAGCAUGUGAAGGCUGUUGUAGAGCGUGUCCAGAACAUGUCUGACACUCCAGUGGAUGAACUGGCUGAAUUUGUACAGGAUUUCUAUCAGAGUCUAGGGGACCGUGUCAACAAUAAUCCUAUCUACAAAGGCCACAGUAGUGAGACUAUGGAGAAGCUUAUGGACUUUACUGAGAGGUAUGUAAUGGUGCGACUAUAUGCCUGUGUGUUCUCCACACCAGACACACAGGAUGAACAGAAGGAUCUAGAGAUACAGGAUAGGAUUCGUAGUCUGCAUUGGAUCACUGCCCAACAACUAGACACCAUGAUCAAUGACCAUGACACCACUGUCCGCCAGCUGGUGGACAAGGCAAUCACAGAGAUCAUAGACAUGAAUGCUAAGAAGUCUCCCCCAGACAAGCUGAUGUGUGUGGUGAACUGCUGCAAGAGUAUAUUUGAAGUGAUCAAACAGUCCAAAUCAGGACCGGCUAAUGCAGACGACUUCCUACCUGCUUUAAUCUAUGUUGUCUUGAAGGCAAACCCUCCUCUUCUUCAUUCUAACAUACAGUACAUAACCAGAUUUGCCAACCCCAGCCGACUUAUGAGUGGCGAGGCUGGCUACUACUUCACUAACUUGUGUUGUGCUGUAGCGUUUAUUGAGAGUCUGGGUGCAGAACAGCUUGCCUUGACACAGGAGCAGUUUGACCGUUAUAUGUCAGGAGAAGCUAUACCACCACAGGUUGGCAAUGAAUACAUGUGUGAGGGACUACGUUUAAUGUAUGAGAACUUGAAAACUCUGGCAGAGUUAAAACAGCGACAGGAGAAGGUCAUGGCUGACACACUACAACUCCAGCAAGAUAUGCGUGAGUUCAAGGAGAGUUUCAAACAGGAGAUAAAGAAUGUAUUGGAACGAACCCCUCUUAUUAUACGACCAGCCAAAACCAAAGUGGACAUGGACGCUGAAAUCUGUGUUGAGUUACCCUCUCCUUUAUUACCUGAACGAAUCUCAGUGUCAUCUGUUUCCACAUUGGAGUGUACCAACACUGUAAAGGAGGGCUCUGACUCUGACUCAAGCACCACAGAACCAAUGGAGACCACACAUAGUCAUACAGACAAUCAAGGUUUUGACUCGGGACCAGACAAACCUGCUGAUAAUAAUACUCAAGCUGCAGACAUGUUACAAACACAUUCUACACUAACAAGCUGAUUUUGUUGUGAUAUUUCAGUUACUUGUUAUCUAACUUAAUAUGGAAACAAAGUGGUGGGGUAUUUGAUAUUCAUAAUGCAAAACAAUAUUUGGUCAUAAGUAUGCAAAUUUCUUUAAAUUCUUAACUUAAUACUCUAUUAUAUCUUCUUUCAUUUUUUUUAUUUGUGUCCCCUUUUUAUUUUCCUAAAUCUGUGCAAUUAAUUAUCAGAUUUUGUUAGUAUGAUCAGGUUUAAUUAAGGAUUAUGAAGAAGAUAAUCUGUUUGAAA